AUCUCUGCUAAACUAAGAGACUAUUUUAUCGUUUAUAAAGAUGAAAUGAACCCAAAAUACUACUGAAAAGAUUGAUACCACCAUGCUCAAAGCAGAGGAAUAAGCAUGAGGAGUACUUUCAUCCUCAACUCUGCCACUGAUUCAUUUAGUUAGAUUGGUUACUUACAGUUUUCCAGUUUGUAAAAUGGAGAGCGUGGUGAUUGUUUAGGACAGGAGUUGUCCUUGUAAAGGGCUUUAAGACUCUGAACAUGUAAAACUGCUAUCUGGCGCUUGUGCCUGCUGAACCCCUUAUCUCUCCUACAGAUUGAAGUAGGAGUUCAGUUUGCCAUGUUCUGAACAAAAAUGCAAGUUAAGCUGAAGUCACCAUGAGCUCAGAAGCCAAGACUAAACAGAUACUUGUUUUGUCUGGACUAGGGGGACUAUCAUCACAUACCAACUCUUAAAAUUGCUUUUUAAUAGUAUCAUGUGCCCCUUGUGUGACUUUUGAAGGUCAAAAGAAGUUGAGUAUCUUCAAGAGCCUAAAUAGGAAAGUUCACUUGUAAUCCUAGUUCUUAGUGUCUGGCUAAAAUACCCAGUGUGACAACGCUGAAAGGUAGACAUCCUGUCAAAGGUGAUUGGGAUGGUCUCACCAAUCACAUAUAUAUUGAAAUAUUUUUGAGGUGUAUAUGUUUAAAUGCAUUGGCCAUUUGUUCUCAGUUAUGCUUGCUAUAAAUGAUGAAGGAAUGAUGUUCAGCACUGAAGUUACUCCAGUAACAAUCAGUGUAGCUGAGAGCAGAAUAUGGCAAAGGCUUCUCCUAGCAAAGUUCUCAUGGGAAAUUAUUAGUAAAGUCUUAUGCCUAAAGUUGGUAGACGUCCAACAAGACUUCACAGCAUGGUAUUUCUGGACAUGCUCCAAGAAAAGAACAAUCCAAACAAGACUGUUUGCUGAUGAAAGAAGAUCACAGUUAAGUAGCAAGUAUCUAUGUGACCAGGUGUUAUGUGUAUGUGUUGCAUAAUACAUACCUAAAUAUUUAUAUUCUGCAUUGAAGUUUGCUCUGGUAUUAGUUCUUGCCCCUUUUCAUAUUAAUGAGGGUAUCUGGUGAAACAAUACAGUUGUUUUUGCAGGGACAUCAAGAUAACUGAAUAUCAAAAUGAAGGAAAAGUGAAGAAAACAACCAAGGCAUGUUAAAACAUUGAUCUAGUCAGAGCAGAGAGCAAUCAGUUCUGAUUUUUUCUUGUGUUUAGUAUCAGGUUUUGCGUAAGGCUAAGAAAUCUAUCCAGAAGUUGGAGCAAACCUUGGGUUCUUUGCUGGAGAUGAAAGCAGAGUCCUUCAGUCUGGAGGAUGGGAACCUGUCCAGCUUGGAGGAAGUCAGGGAGCAAUAUGUCAAGAGGCACUUCAGCAAUCAUAGCACUGCAUCAGCCUCGGAAGCUGUGAGUGAGAAUGACUCUACUACCUGGUGUUUGAUUCAAGAAUGUGAAAAAAAACCACUGGAAGAGGAUGGGAAGCCAGAAUUGAUCCAGUCUUCAGACACUUCAUCCUCAGAUCUGGUGGACUUUGAACGAUACCUGUAUUUUUAUAAGCACACGGUGGACCUGCUGAUAGAGCAUGGAGUUGUUUGCACUGAGGAAGUGCCUCUUCCUGAGGUCUCCAUGACUAUUUCCCACCUCUGGCAAGAGCUUUCUGAAGAAAGGAGAGACAGCAUCCUGCGGUAUUGUAGCCAGAGAGAUUUCCUCAUGGAUCCUAAAGCUGCUUGUCAAGAGCCUGCAUGCACUGAAAGUAGUGUGAGGGACAGCCGAGGUAACAGCGAGGAAGCCAGUGGUUCAUCAGUCUCCACACCAGAGGAAGUAAUGUUUGAAGAUGCAUUUGAUGUUGCUGCUGAUUUCCUUGACAGAAGUGAGACUCAAGGAACAUCUAGCCAGAGUUCAGCAUUUCCAAGCUGCGCUUCUGAAAAUCCAGAGAAUCACCACAGACUCUGUCUGCAGAUCACUGACUUCCUAAAAAGCCUCUUCUUUGCUAAUACACAGUUUUUCCAGGUAAGCUUUGCUAAAGAAUUCCUUACAGAAGGAUCAAUGUCUUUCUGUCAUCGUCAGAAAGGGAUUUCUGUUUUCUGUGCUUCUGAUCAUCUUGUCCAGAAUCAUUACAAAUAAGAACUCUGGUUUCAUCACUUCAGAUGUGUCAUUCCAAAAGGUCACUAGGAUUGUGUCAUUGUGAGGAGUUAUUAUUGCUCAGAGUAUUAUUCAAAAUGGCAAAUGACAUGGGGAACUUUUGUUGUUGUUGUUGUCUGCAUGAAAGUUCCUUGUGGAAAAGCUUGAGUGAUCUCAUCUGAACAGGCGAAGCUCACUUCGCAGUUCUCCAUUAACCCCCAGCUGCUUCAUUCUGAGCUCAGUAGGACCACCUUCUGCUUGUCUGGGUGCCAGGUUCCCUACCCUGAGCCCUCCGCUGGCAAGCCGUAGGAGUAGGAUAUUUGUGUUCUUGAAGGAGGUGAUAAACAGCUGCUGAGCUGCCCCUUAACCUCAGCUUGCUGUUGCAGGUUCACUAAGCCAGAAGUCAUUGUGUUUGCAGUAUUAUUCCUCCCCUUCUUGCCCUCCUGCCAAGGAGGUGGCUCAGAGAGUGGAGGACUGAAAGGGAGAUAUCCCUCAGCCAGAGCAUGCUUGUGUUUGUGAUGAGGGGUAAUUGGGACAGCAAACAAAGCAGAAACUAGUGUUGCACACUGAAUCUACCACACAGUGGCUGCUGCAUGCCAUUUGGUUUCCCCCAUCUCAGGGAGAGAGUAGCACUAGAGAAGGUGCAGAGGAGUGGCAGCCCGUGCAGCAAAAGGCAUUAAAGAGGAGCUACUAGAGUAGGACUCUUCUGCAAAAAAAGUCUGAGGAAUACCAUGAGAGAAUUUUGAUCCUAAAUGAUGUGGAUUUGGUACACAGAAUGGUUAUUCAUUGUGUCUAAUACCAGAAGGACUCGAAAGCACUCAGUGAAAUGAACAAACAACAUAUUAAAAAAUAGUUGCAUGUGCAAAUUACCAAAUUUAACUCCUGGAGCAUCAAUCCAUUGGCAGUUAUUAAAUCUGAAGGUCCAGAUACAAUUUCCAGCUUAGAAGGUCCUCACAGCACAGUUUGCCAUAAUGAGGGAGCAUAUAUUGUGGAGCAGAGCACACUGCAUGCACAGUUCUUGCACUUUCUGUCUAAAUAUCCACUCCUGGCUAUUGUCAGAGAGCAGGCACUGAUCUACACAGCCCUUUGGUCUGUGAAUAGCUAUGUUCUGUGUAAGGACAGAGCUCUUCCUGUGCUUAUGUAAAUGACUGUGAACUAGAAAAGAAAGAAAAGCUUUAGGCAAGAUAUGGUAUUUCCCGGUUUAAAAUUUCUUUUGUGGAUGUCAUGCCUGGCAGCAUUAGGUGGUCCCAUUUUGUCCUGCUGCUGCAUUGUUAUAUAUGAGCCCAAGUCCAUCUCACAGCUCCCAGGUGAGGUGAUAAGAGAAGAGGUAGUGUCUCUUUCAAGCUUUAAAGAGGGACAUUUGAAAUAAGACUAGGAGAAUGGGAGUGAUGGGAAGACAGGCAGCAAAAGAAGCUGAAGUACCGCAAAUUGGCAGUUGAGUGAGCUCCGUGGAUCCAAAAGGAAAUAAAAGGCUGUGUGCAUUUCUUUUAUGCAGGAACUUUUGAGUUGUCUGUGAUAAGACAAUAAAAAGGAAGUUUGAGCAGAAAUCACGCAGCUUAGAGAGUACUGAUAAUGUGAAGGUCACAAUCUGUUUUGGUUUAGAUAACUGCAGUACAGCACAUCUAGAGAGUCCUGCCAAGAGACACACAAAAAAAUACGACUGACUAGAUUUUUUUUGGUUUGAGCGCAGAAAUUCAGCUCCAUCUCAAAGCAAACAGAUAGAGGCAGUUAUGGAAGUGGUUGCAGAGCAGGGAUAGGAGACAUUCCAGCUAGCUUGAAACACACCAACUCAGGCAGCAGCAGGGAGUUCAGUAUAGGCUACAUACCUUACCCUAGAAAUUGGGCUACUCGGAGCCUUAGAGACUUCUGGACUUGACGGGGAAAGGAGCCCUUCCUGCUUACCUUAUGGGUGUGACUGAACCGCUGCAGCCUGUUCCCCUUCCCUUGAUGUGGUAUCUGCGCCAGUGUUACACUGGCCCGGGAGUCUGGGCAGUGCUGGGAUAAGUUAUCCCAAAGAUAAAGUGAUGUCCUGGUGCACUGUGCACACACCUUCUAGAAGAUACAGAGGUGAGUAGCAGGUGCAGUACCAAGGUGAGGCAUGCGAUGUGCUCCCAACAGAAAUAUGAAAGGCAGCCUAUGGUCUUCUUUUCUUUCAUCUGCAGAGCUGAUAAGGCGGCAGGGUUCAUUGCUGGUCAUUACAGGCUAGUGCUGUGUUAUGCCAUUUCUGGUUAACUGUCCAGGUAGGAAGUACUAUUGUUGGAUUGUGCAUGUUCACCAUUUCAUAGUCACAGAUGCACUGAGUGCAGCUCCUUUUGAGCCGCUGCCCUGGCCAUCAAGGCUGCCAAGGGCAUGGAUCCCGGUAGUAUAAAAUGCUUGAGAAAGUCGCACACAAGAGGAGGGAGGAGAUCCAUUAGACAAGGAAAGGGAGGGCUCCGGAAAGGUCAGUGACCUAAAAAUAAAAACAGGAGCAUGCUUCCAUGGUACAUGGUAGAGAAAUUUCUCUGAGCAUGAGAUUAAUUAAGCAAUCUUGUAAUUUUUUAAGAGCUGUUGUCUUAAGGUCACAUCAUAAAAGAUUCUUAGCAGCAAAGGCAGUAAAGAAUUAAUUUAGAUUGAGGUCCAAAGGUUUUACAAUAUCUAAGUGAAAGUCAGUGGGGUUUUUUCUAAGCAGCACUGAGCACCUUUGCAUUUUCAAAGGCGUAAUUUCUUUUAAAAUUAUGGAUUUUAGAUGAGUCACUUGACAAGCAAGUGGGAUUUAUUGCUCCUUAAGCCAUACAUUUUUUAAACAGCACCUAUUUUUAAGAGCAGCCUUGCCGUAAAGCAUCUUGCAUCAAUGCAGAAGGUGGAGUAGAUUGACUGUAGGCAUGAACACUUUCAUCUAGUUUGAUUUCUCAAGAGCCACUUAUUCUCUGUAAGCCGGCGAAAGAGAAGGAAAUGGUCUUCUGUUGCUAAAAGAGCAGCAAAGCCUGAAGUCAGAAGUUAAGGGCUCAAGGAAGCUCUCCUAUCUUCAAAGCCUGUUAUGUGACCCACUUGCUACCACAGUCAGUAACAGCUGUCUAAAUGAUGUAAAUAGACAUAGGGUAGGAGCCCUGUGAUUUUAGAAAAAAAAUUGGUUGAAAAUUUGAGCCAUUCAUCAGGCAUCUCAGGCACUUGACAAGUGCUGGUUGCUGAUUCAGAGAGAAAGGCGGGCUCAUGGUGCAAUAACUGAUGCAUGUCGGCACUUGACUAACGCGCUGUAUAUUUGAAACACAAUCAACUCCUGUGGUUUUUAAUCCUGCUUGACUUUGGGGGGCCUUUCAGGAAGAAGAUCUUCAGUUUGAUUAUGAGACUGUGAUGCUGAGGUGCACUGAGACCUUUGAUGAUGAAGAUUUCUAAACAGUAUCUCUGUUUGCUAGUGUUUUGCCAAGCAUUGCCAGGUACACCAGCAUGUGAAGAGACUGCACUUCUUUCAGUGAAGCACGUCUCUGAACAGAGUGUGAAGACACUGUGUUAAAGUGGUUUGUUACUGUUCCGUUGACUUCCUAUUCCCUCAUCGGUGCUUCUUGAUGUAUCAGUUAUUUAUACCUUUAAAGUUCCAUGGUUUAGAUAUUUAUAAAAUCUUAGUAAGUACUUUUGUCUGUUGCUUUUUAAUGUUUAACCUCACUUCACAAGUAAACUGAGGCACGUACAGUUGUGACCUUGCCUAGCAUAAGCUGUGGAAGAGCUGCAGAGCGGUCACAUCAGUGAUGGCCUGCAUGCCCCUAUAGGAUGCAGGUCUCAAACUGCAACCUGCAAAGAUCAUUGCCCUGCACUCUGGCAGUGAUUACUUUUCCAGUGCUGUUUUACAGCUUGGGCUGACAAGGGAAGAGGGAUUUCCUUACAGAGAGUGAGAUGAGGCUGUUCCAUUUCUCUAUGGGGACAGCAGCAGCGGCCACCCACUCCCAAAUCACCCAGAGAAGUGCAGGCACAAUAAUACACUUUGGACUAUUUACUUUUGCAAAAUGUAAAAAGCUGAGUGAUCAGACUUGUGCUCUUCCACCACAUCUCAUUCUUUAAUGAGUACUGUUCAGAUAGUGUCUUGGAAUUAAAAGUGCUGUGAAGAUGAAUAAAGUCUUUCCCAUCUCUGAGCUAUCAUUAAAGGCUCUCUACAGACUUGGACAAACUGUAUUCUGACAGUGGUUAUGCUGAG